AUGAAAAGGUUGUUUUCUGGUCCUAAAUCUCCAGAUUUGCCUUCACCGUCGAGGUUUUUCAAGAGAAAUUCUGUUAGUUCAGAUUCUUCUUCAAGUAUUAUGAAAAGAUCCUGGUCUGCCUCUAAUUUAAGAAAAUUCACAAAUGACAGUUUGCCCGAGACUGAUUUGGAAUUGCCUCAAGUAUCUUCAGAGUUGUCUCCAGAGUUGAUACCAAUUGUAACUUUAUUGUCAGCUCAGGCUCAUAGAAGAUACCAUGAAGGUGUAUUCUUGAUUUUGCACGAUUUGAAAAGUGAUGGUUCCCAAGCUGAUAGGGUUUGGAGAAACGUUUAUGGUGUACUUAUCGGUACCCAACUAGCAUUAUGGGAUGCUGCUGAAUUGUCUGGCGAUUCAUUUGAAUUGAAAAAUAUCGCUGCUAAACCAACUUAUAUCAAUUUCACUGAUGCAGUAUUGAAAACUUUAUCAAGCGUUGAUAAAAUUGUCACUGAAAGUCGACAAAAUAUGGACAAUACUUUAGUGGUAUCGACCACUUUGAAAAAUAGAUUUUUCAUACAGUUUAGCAAUGAACAAUCCUUCAAUAUGUGGCAUGCUGCAAUUAGAUUGAGUUUAUUCGAGUGUACUUCUUUACAAGAAGCUUACACUGGUGCUUUCUUAUCCAGUAGAGGUUCAAAAUUAGGUGAUAUUAAAGUCGUUCUAGCAGAUACUAAGUUCAAUUAUGAAGAUUGGGUUAGUGUUAGAUUCGGUGCUGGUAUGCCUUGGAAAAGAUGCUAUGCCGUAAUUUCUCAACCUGGAAGUAAAAAAAAUCCAAAGGGUAAAAUAUUUUUUUAUGAAAACGAUAAGAAGGUUAAAAAAUCAAAUGCUAUGGCAACUUUAGUAGAUGCGACUGCAAUCUACGCUGUUUAUCCUAGUUCAAAUAAGUUGAUAGACACAUCAACUAUCAUUAAAGUUGAAGGUAAAAUCAUUUUCAACAAAGAACCUGAACAAGAAGUUGAUAUAUUUAUAAUGCCAGAAAAGCAUCAGGCUGUUCCAGGUUAUGAUACUAUUAUUAGAUUCUUGAUUCCUUCUAUGAACACUUUCAAACUUUAUGGUAGACCAAAGAGACUAAUCGCAAACAAAGAUGAUCAACAGUCUUUAUUAUUUGGUUUACCAACCUUACCACAUAUAUAUUACUUAAAGCUAGAGGAACUAUUGCCUCUAGUUAAUUCAGCUUCAAGUUUAGAGUGGUCAUCUCAUGAAUGGAGCGUUAAUAUUAAAGAGCUGUUACAAAGAAAGUUAACGAAUGGUUAUACUGGCUGUGGUUCUUCAUCUAGUUUACCAACAUCGGUGGCAUCACCACGUAUUGGUUCUAAAGAGUUAUUUGGAAGUGCAUCUCCAUUACCAACGUCUGAUGUGUUCCUUCCAAUAAAUACCACCCCUAGAAGUUUAUCAGCCAACAAAGCUACAUUCGACGAUAAAAGCAGUCUGAACUCUAACCCUAAUAGUAGAAUGAACAAGUAUGCAGAGUUUUCAAGUCCUAAGAAACAACUAAAUUCUUCUGAAGACAAGAGAAGUGUAAGUGCAAACGCAAAUAUUUACUCAAAUAAAAACAGCAAUUACUUGCAAAGUUCUGUAACUGGUGGUUCUUCUCUAUCAAACCUACAAUAUUCAGAUAAAGGCUCUGCUUUACAUCAAGAUGCUCAAUCAUCGGAAUAUAGUUCAAGCGGUACAAAAUUAUUAUAUGAUACAGGCGAUCUAAAUAUCAAAAAAACAAGAAGUCCCAUGAACCUAAAAAUCGAAAACUCUAAUACAGCUGGGUUCAAUAAGGAUAGCAAUAAUAUUUCAGAUACUGGUUUAGGACUUCAUCCCAAACCUAAAGUUUUAUCUACUGCUUCAGAUUUGGCAGGUAUUUACGAUAAAUAUUCGGCUUCUCCAUUUGGACAGUCAGAUCAAGUUUCGGGUAAUAUCAAACCACAGUCUCUAGAAGUUGGUAGAGACAUUAAUGGAAAUGGAGCCUAUGAUCAAUAUAUUGGUUCCUCUGAUUCUAAAACUUUUGAAAUAUCGCAUAUAGCUGAUUCAUCUAGCAGUAUUCAUUCGGUUGAAAAAAAUAAUCCGUUAGAAAAAGCGCCAUAUCCAACAGGGAAUCAAAACGUAAUAGAGGAAUUUGAUGAAUUAAGUAAAAGAAUUAGUCAAAUUGGUAUGAACAGCGUAUAUUCUGGAAGCGCUAUGGGAAGUAGGGAAAAUCUACAAGAUGGAUUUUUUACAGCUAAAGAACCAGUGGGGGAAGAUAAUAUUUUUGAUCCCGAUUAUGUUGAACAAAAUAACAUUUAUGCUAGUCAGUCAAACACUGAAUCAAGAAGUUCAUUCAACUAUGGUAUUAAAGAUAGUAAUUCUAGUAACCAUUCUGUGGAGAGACUAGAAGCUGAAGAAUUAAGAAAACAAAAUUCAAAUAGAAGUGCCGAUAGCUUUAACCAACAGAAAUUCCAUGAUGCAAGAAAUUUUUCAGAUCCAAAUAUAGGCCAACAGCCUUCCUAUAAUUCUCCUAACACUUCAAGAGGUAAUUUUAAUCAGAUGCCAGGAGAUUCACCCUCUCCUAUUGCGGGUAAUAACGCAAACUUUGCAGGUCAUCAAAAUACUAAUAUGCCUCAUUCACAGGCUCAGUACAAUUUGAAUAUCGUUUCUAAUGGCGCACAGCAACAAGUACAACCACCACACGGCCAACAGUUCAGACAAGGUAACCCUCCACAAAAUAGAUCACAACCACCACCAAUGCAAAAUAUGAGAAUGGGCCCCCCACCUCCUCAAGGGCAACCUGGUCAAUUCAAAAAUAUGCAAGGUUACGCACCAUAUGGACAACCACAUCAACCACCUUAUAAUAAGUAUGGAAAUUCACCUACAACGAGUCCAUAUGGGCAAAGGUUCCCUCAACAAGGUGGACCAACGCCUCCUGCAGGAUACAAUAGACCUCAUCCGAAUCAAAUUCCAAUGAAUGCAGCCAGUCCAACAUCUGGUCAAAUGCCUUAUAAUAAUAAAAAUAUGAGGCCAAAUUUUAACCAACCACCUGUGAAUCAUGUUAAUAAUGGGAAAGUGCGCCCUAAACCAUCAGGAGGGUUUUCACAGUUCAUGCCAUCAAGUGCAACAAACAAUCCUUAUUCGAGAUAA